CUGUAAAUCAGUGAUCUAUUGUCUUAAUUCAUUCUCUCACUCUCUCUCUCAUAUGGAAACAAACCCCCAAAUUCCUUCAAAUUAGGGUUUGAUUUCGUCCAUGUAAAUUCAAAUAGAAAAAGCAAAGAGAAAUGUCAACAGAGGAAAUAUCUUUAGUUUCUCCACAAAACGGAAUAAAUUCACAACUCCUCUUCCAAGACGAUCCAUUACGAUUCAAUUGCACCGGACCGCCUCCGCAACAACAGCAGCAACGCCGUGUCGGGGAUCCCAAAACUCGAGAACUCACUGGUUUUAUCGAUGACAACAAGCUCUUCUCCUCCACCACUACUGCAACCGCCACUUCCACCGCCGGCUCCGACCGUUACUUUCCCUCUCACCACCACCACCACCACCACCACCAGGAUUUCCCGAGGAAUGUUUAUCAGCGUGAACCGCAGGGAACUAGUGGAGAUGAUACCGACGGUGAGGAUGAUGAAGAUGAUGAGGAGGACGAUGAGGAGGAGGUUGAUGACGUAGACGGUGGUGAUCAUGAGAAUGGAGUUGAUGUGCUUGUUGCUGCUAUUGAUUGUAACAGCAAAAACACUAACUGUAACAACAAUAACUGUAGUGGAACUAUUAGUAAUGCUAGUAAUAGUGUUCAUUUGGACAAAAUUGGAAAUGGAAAUGCAAAGCCCAAGCAUCUUUCUUCUUUUGGGAUUAGUGGGGAAAUGGUGAAGGAUGGAAUUGGUGGCGGCGGCGGCGGCUUGGGGCAGACAGGGAAUAAUGCGGUGACGAUCGCGGAGGCAGAUGGGGAGAUGUAUUAUUCGCAGUAUUUGCAGGGGACGGGGGGGUCUGGUGCUGGUGGAAAGGAUAUGGGUGUGGAGAAUGGUUGUGGAUUUAGUGGAAGGAAGGAGGUUUCAGCAUUUUCGAGUGAGUCUGGAGAUUCUUUAAGGGCUAUUUUAUCGGACCCUGUUACGGGAGCUUUAAUGGAUGACGCUAUGAUAUUGCCUUGUGGGCAUUCAUUUGGAGCUGGUGGAAUGCAGCAUGUUAUCAGAAUGAAAGUUUGCUACAGUUGUUCACAGUCAAUUUCAGAAGACUCAAUAGCUCCCAACCUCUCUCUCAGAUAUGCUGUCCAGGCAUUUCAGCGGGAAGAGGAGUUACAAUUUUAUCGCUCAUCCAAAAGGAGGAGAGAGAGGUUUGACCAGGACAAAGGUGGUUAUGGCGAUUCAGGGGUCAUGGAUCCACCAAGGGGUAGAGGUGUGCAGUUCCCAUUUGCUGUGACAGACCGGGUUAUUAUAAAGGGAAACAAGAGGACACCUCAGCGGUUUGUUGGACGGGAGGCUGUUGUGACAACGCAAUGCUUAAAUGGAUGGUAUGUAGUGAAGACGUUGGACAAUGCAGAGAGUGUAAAGUUGCAGUAUCGAUCACUUGCCAAGCUUUCAGAUGAUCCAUCUUCAAAAACAAUAUCAACCAAGAUUGCCCCAAACUGGCUCUAGUCUUGCUUAUACACAACCGAGGUAGCAUUAUUCUGCCUACACACCAUAGCAGGUUGGUUUCCGAUACUCAAAGACUAACUUUUCUUUACGCGAUGAGUUUCUUGCUUGCAGUCCCUACUAGCCAAUGUAAAGCCAUGUAAAUUAUAGAAGCCAUGAUGCAAAUGUAAUUUUAGGAAGCAUAGGAUGAGAGUUAAAAUGCAAACAAUGUUAUUUUUGUUUUGGACAUGACUGAGGCUGUCUGUAUCUAACUAAUGUUUGUGCACACAUGAUUAUCCCAUAUCAAGCUUUGUUGUUCUGCUA